UCCCUGUUAGUCCAUCCUUGGAAUAGUGUCUAAAAGACCACAGUGCUUCUCUGGGAGAUAGCGGGAUGCCAUCCCCCGGCCGAGGGGACACUGUCCCGGGCUGCAGGGCCCGCGGUCACCUCCGGCUGCCAGCGGCGGAGCCGGGCUGGGAUUGCAGCAGGCUCCUCCUCCGGAGCCGGCCGGGAGGAGGGACGGGCGGGGAGCGGAGCCAGCGCUGCGGGUGCCUCACCUGCCCCGAGCCAGGCCCGGGAGCAGCAUCCUGCAGCUCAGCCCAUGGGGAGCCGCGGCAGCCCGGCAUGGACAGCCUGGGCAGCAGCCUGAAGAAGAAAGCCACGGAGCAGCACUACAGGGCCGAGGUGAUGAUUGCUGGAGAGCAGCUGAGGCUUCGUCUCCACGACGGGAAGCUGAUCAAGGACCGGCGGUUCCACCUGCGCACGUACCCCAACUGCUUCGUGGCCAAGGAGCUCACGGACUGGCUGAUCGAGCACAAGGAAGCGCCCGACCGCGAGACCGCCAUCCGCCUCAUGCAGAAGCUGAUGGACCACUACAUCAUCCACCACGUCUGUGACGAGCACUCGGACUACAAGGAUGCCAAGCUGCUCUACCGCUUCCGCAAGGACGACGGGACCUUCCCCCUCAGCAAGGACGUGAAGGUGUUCCUGCGAGGGCAGAGCCUUUAUGAGAAGCUGGUGAGCGUGGAAGAGUCAAUCCUGAAGGUGAGGGAGGAGAACUCGGUGAAGUACCAGAGGACUUUCCUGGGCUCUGAGAUGAUCGACUGGCUGGUUCAGGAGGGAGAGGUGGAGAACAGGCAGGAAGCAGUGGAGCUGGGCCGGGCACUGCUGGAGCACGGGAUCAUUCAGCAUGUCUCCAAUCGGCAUCACUUCUUUGACAGUGACAUCCUCUACCACUUCUGGAUCAACUUCCGCCGGCGCCGGCGCCUGACGGAGCUGCUCAAUGAGAACUCCUCCCGUGCCCUCUCCGAGAGCCCCGACAGCCCCUUCUGCCUCCGCAAGCUCAACCCAGAGCCAGGCAACACCAGCUUCCUCUCUGUGCAGACCAACAAGGAGAUCAAAGUUGUCUCAGCAGUUCGAAGGAGCAGCAUCACUUCCCUCUCUGGAAACUCCAACACCUACUUCAGUGCUCCUCCUACCUUGGUAUUCCCUCCUGUGCCUGAGUGCAACCCUAAAUCAGUGUUAAAGAGACCUGUCACCACUGAGGAGCUGCUGUCCCCUGGGGCCCCCUAUGUCAAGAAAACGCUGACUAUUGUGGGGGAUGCAGUGGGCUGGGGGUUUGUGGUUCGAGGGGGAAGACCUUGCCACAUCCAGGCAGUGGAUCCAGGAGGACCUGCUGCUGCUGCAGGGAUGAAGGUGUGCCAGUUUGUGUUCUCCGUGAAUGGGAUGUAUGUUCUGCACCUGGACUAUCAGACCAUCAGCAGCCUCAUCAUGACAGGACCACGGACUCUGGUGAUGGAAGUCAUGGAAGCCAUUGAGUGAGCCAAGGAGUCUCUUGCCACUGCUCUUUGGAAAGGCAGGGCUCUCCUCUUGGCAGGGAUGGACUGUGGGGAGGGACCAAGCUCGACCACUCACUGUGAUGUGCUACCCAGGCAUUUUGAUGUAUUUUCAAAUAAAUACAUUUGAAUGGACAA